GCGGGUGGUGUGCGCCGGAAGCGGCGGGAGAACUCGGCGGGAAAAAGUCCGGCGUGUUGGCGCAGUUUGGAUCGCGUAGACACCUCGGAGCAGUCAUAGCGUCGGGAGCGCACUACUACUCCGAGACUCAAAGUUACCACUGGAGUGCAGACAAUGUCCGAAGAACAGAAGGACGAGACUGAUCAGAGACAGCCCAUUGCGAGAGCUUCGAGUGGCGAAAACGCCGAGGAGAAGGUGGAAAACAACGUGGAAGGCGAUCGCAAACCUCGAAAGACGCCGUUUGGACCUAUCAGAAACCCCACAGAUGUAUCGCGUACGGAGUGGUCCUUCGUGGCGUUUUCAUUACUCGGCCUGGCGAUAUCCAUCGGCAUCACCAGCGAACGCCUGGCAACGCUUCCGAAGGGGACGGACGACCUUACUUUCGCCAUUAUGCUGUUCUGGUCCAAUCUUGCUUGCAUUUGGCAUCUGUGCAUUGGCGUGGCGCAGCAGCUGGCCUUCGACAUCAUCGUCUUCAUUGUGAGCGCCGUGGUCCUGGAGAUCUACCUCAUCGUCAACCUAACGUCAACCCACGAGGCGAACUUAAACCUGUCCCUGACAUAUGUGCGGUUCGGCUUGGCCACGUUCUUUUUCCUUGGAAUCCUCGCCUUUUCGGGACUUCACAUUUUGCCCAGUUACUGCAAGCAAACCACGUGGCUGGUCUACCGCGUCAGCGGCAAAAACGAAACCCAACAGAGGAUCCACAUCUUCUGCUCCUCUUUGACUCUCAUAAUGUUAGACGUACAACUCCAGGCUAGCAUGAUCAUCCUGGUGAUGGACACAGGUGUAUAUCUCAGCACGUUUGACAUCUGCGUCAUCGUAGUUGGUUCAUUCAUCCUUUUAGGUUGGGCCUGCGCUGGCGUUAUGGCGCGCAACAAGGAAAGCAAACGCUGGCUGGUCGUUUUUGGGAUUCUCUUGCUUCCAAACCUGGUUUACGUCAUCUUCAGAAUGCAGGAGAUUGCCCGGGAGACAGCACGGGAAUCUUGGAGCAUCCUUCGUCACGCCAUCUUCGUCUGCGGUUCCCUCGCCCUUGUGACUCGACUAGCAGCUGCCUUCUGCAUGAUACUGGUGGUGCGAAAUUUUGGGAAGAACAUUAACCAAAUGAUGGUGCCCACCGAGGCGCAGAAGAACACCCCAUGUUCCCGACAGCUCGAAGUAAUGAUCCCGGAGGGCGGUCCAGACAGCUUUGUGCCGUGAAAUAAUUCCCAGUUUUUUUUCUUUUUUUUUAAUGAACUCUUGUUCAAGAACGUGACGUUUUGUGGCAAACCAGUGAUUAAGAAGGUCAAUGGAGAAAGUGUGGUGCGAUUUCCAAAGUGGCAAAAAUGAGCCAAUAGACUCGUGUUCCAGUCUUGGCCAAGGAUUGAGAGAAGAUACUGGUGUUAUUUUAUUAUUCAUAGUUCAACUUUGCACGAUAUUUAGUCAGAUAUCUACCUGGCGAUAUAUACGGUAUAAAUAGUUAGGCCCGUGUCCAGGCAUGUCAACCAAUCAAAGGAGUUAAUGGUGCAUUCUCUUUCGUGGUUAGGUUGUUACUUAGUGAUGGGCGCCAUCCAAACCGAUUGAGGAGAGAAUCAAAUGAGCUUAGCGAACUAACAUACAUGCAUUUCGUGGGCGCAAACGUCAUCGCCCUAAGAAAAUCUCGUGCGACCACUAAAGGGAGGUAUGUUUAUGCAAACAUUUGUCUCCCGGUUCUUAGGGUUAUUAAGAACUUUCAUGGAACUAGCAUUCACUGAGUAGAACCUCUUUUAACGCUUACAAGCGCCGACUCUACUUUUAAUAUUUACACAAAUUUGGGCAUGAAAAGUUAUGUGUGGCACGUUUACAUUUAGCUGUCUCGAGAGCAGCUAAAAAUACUUCAGACCGAGCUUAAUUGGAAAAAAGAAUAAAACCUGCGCACUCCAAAAUAUGUGCGCAGAGUCCAGAUAGCGAACUCAAUUCCCUAUCUUUUUGAAGAGUUUGCUCCGAUGGAAUUUUAGUGCCAUGAAAUUAACAUCUUAACAGUCAUGUCAAUGUAAGUGUUUAGAGCUUUUUUAUUCUUUAAGUCUAGUUGUUAUACGAUACAUUUGUUCUACACUUGCGUGUGCUUCAUCACCACUCCGCUCAAACCGACGGCGCGAAAUGGGGUCGUAGAGCGUGCGUUGCGGAUAUCGGGUACUUUCUGGCGCGUGCUCAGUUUCUGCUCUUAAGUGAUAGCACAGGCUUCCGCUAACAAAACACGCGAAAAGAGCCUAGCGUUUGGGAUCUAACAUUUAGCGUGGGUAGAAACGUGAAAUGGUAGUGAUGCAAUAUUGUUACUGCUUUAAUCCAGAAAGCAACUUUUAAGCUUGACUAGAUUUUGUAUGUCAUGAGAUACGAUACAACGUUUACGUUCACUUCUAAGUUUAGAGGGCGAGGGAUGCUAAAUCAUCGUUAAACCAGUCAACCACCUGUCUUGAGCCAUGUGAUCGCACGCUCUCUGAGCAUAAUCGCGCACAGAGAGAGGUGAGGCAGUGAGAGACACGUGAAUGAUUAGUCCGACAAUCACAUAGCUUGCACCAUCCUGUCAUCGGUGAACAAAGUAUAGAUUAAAUGAAAGAUUGAGAUAUUUGUAUAGGCUUUGGCAUGUAUUUGUUCGCCACUGAAAAAUAUUCCACCUGUUCACAUUGGCUGAUUUCUUGACUAAACUUUCUGUGUUCAAUUUUCUUAGAGGAGAAGCAGCGAAAUAGUGGCAUGCGCACAUUUAGAUGACAAAUUCUAUCAUGGUAUAUUUUGAGUCAUUUUGCUCCACAUUCAAGUGUGUUUUAAUUAAAUACAUUAUUCUUUUAUUUCAUUCACAUAUUUUGUUUUAUUAGGGAUACAUAUGACUUCCUUAAAUUGUAGAGGGAAUUUUUUUAGGACGGUGUAGGAGUCUACUCCUGUGUUCUUUUUUAAUGCGUAUCUAUCUGUUUACGAGAUCCAGGUGCUGUUGAGUGUUUUCAACUCUGUAUGCUGCUUAAAUCUAGUAUUAUAGUGUUUUGGUAUUUCAAAGUUAACUUUUCACGCAAUUAGGAGGGUGUAUUAAUUUUGAAGUUUAUUUUUCAUUAAUUCUAUGGCGAGUAUCGGCGUUUAUUUUGUUAAACUUCCAAUUUUCCCAAAGUGUACGUUUGCAAUAUUGCAAGUUCUCGUGAAUUAAACAUAAGAAAUAUGUGAUUGUCAGACAGAAACGUACCGGUAAAUUCAAGGUAUCAACAGUUUAAUGAGGACUGCUGCUAAUGCUAACUGUAACACGAAGAAAAUGCAAGCGACUGAUUCACUAGGCAUUAGUUCUUUAAAAAUGACUUCACUAAACUGCUUAAUGGCGGUGCAGAUUUUUUGUUUACUGCACACUGUGGGAUUUGCUAGCUACCAACUUACACAGGUACCGAUAGAGUAACCAAAGGGUUGUCUCAGCAGCGGUGGCGAUCUCAAAGGAGCCGUCAAACCUAGUAGCCCGCGGUCCCCACAUCUCCGCGGUAAUGUAGACGACGUUUAGGGCUACAUUACCGCGGGUCGGUUCGAUUAAUUACCUCCGUCGGUGCCAAGGAUCGUCUACCUUGUCUCACUCUCUCGAAUAUAGCGGAAGAGAAGACACACGGACCAGAGUAAAGACAGAGUCCAAGAGCAUUUAUUGGAACACUCUUAAAACGAACUACAAUGUCCCCAUCCAAAAUGCCCCCCGCGCCGGCAAGGUAAGAAAAGGUCCUUACCUGGCCAGACGCGGGGUUCUGGAGUGCCAAGACCGGGGAAGCAUCGGAGAAGUCGCCGACACACGUGCUAUCUCUUUCGCGGUCACCCGGGCGAGUCCCUUUCCCCAAAACGGGAAAACAAGAGGCGAAACCUCCUCGCCUGUCAGGGAGAGAGUGAGAAGAGGGCCCCCCAAGCCAGGCGGCCCUCCGCCUCACGAACAGGUCGGAGCUCACGGCGAAGAAGGCCGAGUGUUCCGACCCGCGGCCGUUAUCACAGCCAUCGGGGAAGGGAGAACAGAGGAAUCCCCACAACAGCUAAGGGUAAUAAUUAAAUCUCACAAAAGUGGAUGCCACAGAAAGCAUCAUUGUAAUUGCGGGUGCAAACGGUAAUAUGAAAUCCUUAACUAACCCCAUCCUUUUUAAAAAUUUACAAAAUCAUAAAAUGCAGUGUUACGAGAAAAAAAAAAGAAAAAAAACCUGCACCAUUUUUGUAAUUACUAAGGGCAGGAUUUAAACUCGAAAACGCAGCCGCGGCUAGAAUAAUCACAUGUAUAGAUUGAGCUUUGAGGUGACCGACAUAUACACUGAUCGUUUGUCUAGAACUGAUAUUCACAAAGUAAAUGGUGAAAUAUUGGAAAGUAAAUUGAAAUGACUUGUUUUCAGGAUCAUUGACCCCCCUACAUUCCUCAAAAAUCUAUCUGAAAUGAACCAGCUUUUACUUUCUUUCUUUUGCUGAGGAAUAGGAGAUUCUAAUAGCAAUAUUUUUUUUCCCAUACAGAGUAUACGCAAAAAGCACCACUACUUACUCGCUUACUUUGUAUUCGACGAAAGCGAUGUGAAAUAGUGCAAGAUUUUUCUUUUUGUCCUCGUGAUGCCCAACACUGGAGUCUUUUUAAAGCUGAACCUGACGUGUAAAUCUUUUACCAGCGAGUGUUCAUCAUAUAUGCUUUAGUGUGUAGCCGCCGUGACUUUGGUUCCGAUCUAAAACAUGUUUCAUACUUACAAUAUCUUAUUAGUGGAGGGCAAGUCCGACGUGCGCCAAGCCUUGGCUACAUUUUGACAGCAGCUCGCUACAAGGGUAUUGAGGAACAUAGAAUCAUAAAUAUUUACAGGCUCCGCCCAAUGAUCAUGUAAACUGGCGGAGAAACGUCUCCACGUCGAGCUUAGAGUUUCAGGCGUUUCUAAUUUUGCGACUUGCAAAAACGUUAACAAAGACUUGGUGUCUCGGAUAUAACAAAAAUACCCGCCAAUAAAUUUCUAAUUUAAUUUAGUACAUUACACACUGCUUGUAAACGCAUCCCGCGCAAAUGCACUUCCGAAGAGCACGCAGAUGACAAAUCAAUGUGAACUUAAGAAAUAAUGGUAUGAAAAAUUCUUUUCGUGAGUAUCAUUCAUGCGCAAAAGUGCCAUGUCCGUUGCACAAAGUGUAAGGCGUUUCACAUGCUCCAGGUUCCUCUGAUUCAUCACGGCCUCACAGCUCAUUUUUCUGGGAAAAAGCGAAGGGACGGGGGGAUUUCAUAUGUCUAGUGCGUAUUAAGUUCAUUACGCCUAUCCACAAUAAGCUUAAUCCACAUCUCGUGCGGGAAGAUUGAUAUUGCUGCGCGCGCAUCUAGCCUAGGAUCACGGUGUAGGAAGGCUGCCUAGGAUGCAGCGUGCCCGUUGCCGAAUGGCUAUCAUGCUUGGCUCCCACGCAAUGAGCCGAUUUUCGAUGCCUGGGAGCGAUCUCUCCUUUUUGUUAUUUCUAUAAAUGUCACCUCCUGGUGUAUUCGAGAAUUAUGUUGCUUGUUCAAGAUCUGAAUAUUCUACGCGCCGAACAUUCUCCGCCGAUUGAUCCAAAAGCCCCCACGUGUAUACAUAAGGAGGUCCGCGUUGCAAACCGGGACAUUCUUUCGCCUGCGUUCGAUCCUACCAUUACGCCGUCAUCGACGCCUGCGACGUCUGUUUUACAGCGAAGCUAUAAUGACUCGUUGGUCGGGUUUAUUACUGUCCGUCGAUAAAAAAUCAUCGCUUGCGCCUCAUAAUCGUUCGCGCGCGCCUUAUCAGCUUUCAUGUGGUUUUGACAGUUGUUUCAAUAGAAAAGCACGAAACAAGUGUCGAAACCACAUGACAGAUUAUAAGGCGCGGCCAACAAUGCGAAGCACAGCUAGCGCUCCCCACAUGCGUUUCGCGGUAAAGAUUACGGUUGCAUAAGCUGCCGUGGCAAGGGCAGCGUACGAGGUCUUUCAUAUAUAAAAAAAAAAGUUUUUCUACAGUACAUUCACUUUUUUUUCGUCAAUCAUUUGGUAUAGACCCUUUGAUGUUUGCAAACGUGAACGACCGGAAGUUGCUUGUUCAUUAGGUAUAGACCCUUCGCUGUCUACGCGAGCGACCGGAAGUCGCUUGCGUCCCAAGCGACUUCCAGUCGCACCGUCUUUGCAAGCCUGUUGAGCUUGCUUAUGUCACCGGUGCUAGAAAGCGUGAAUGCAACACGGACAACAAAGUUGGAGAUUUUACGAGGGCCCUCGGCUGUACAAUAUUACAUCUUGAAGGAGGCAAGUAGGUUUACAAGAAUACUCGAAACAUUUAAACAGAUCUCGCUCUCCUUCAUUCUUUUAGUUUUCUCCUGGAGAAUUGGUGAUGAAACGUUUCAUAUACAUUUCAAGCAGCGGGGUUAAGGUGGCCUUUGUUCAUUAUUUUUAUAAUCUGACAGUUUUCUCGGACGCCAAAGACUGGAGCACCACCUGGUGGCGUCGUUUGCCAUGAAAAGGGUCUAUAGUGCAGUGGGCAGAUGUUGCAGGUGAUACCACAGCUUCGUUGGCCAGCCAUUUUCAUAGCGUGUGGAGCCCAACAUUUUUUUGCCAUUGAUUCUUAUUUUGUUUUAGCACUAGUUCGCCACAUUAUACGUUUAGUUUCUCCAGUUAUUUGCCGCCUCAUCAUUUGUCAUUCGUGAAAAUAUGCAAUAUAUUUUGUUAACAAUGCAUCUGUUACACCAGUUAUUAUAAAUUAACUCCCUUGCCAUUGUUCCGUAGUUUAAAAAACAUCAGAUCCGUUCGUGGAGAAUACCUUCAUGAGCCAAAACCUCGUAUCCUACACUUUGGGACACUGCUAGCGUGAGUUAGAUAUCAGCGCUUUUGGGAUUUCAUAAAGUAUGGAGGGGCCAAACAAUUUACCACUUACAUUGCUGCCGUAAUUGAGAACUUUCUACCAUUCUACUAUUUUAUGGCAUCUAUUGAAUGUUAGUAAAAAAAUAAAGAGAAGAAACUCACGCUUGUUAGCUCACGCUAUGUAUGUCGCGCUGUGUGCGUACUCUUUAGAUGUCAUCAUAUUCUUGUCCUGUUUAUAGUGUCUCUUUUUUUCGGAAAGUUCUGUGAUUGUACUUCGUCAUUCAUCUUUUUAUGUUGUGGGUACGUGUUAUUCAUUUGUUUUUUAUUUGCUUCGAACAUAGUUUUUAUGCCCCUUUUAAGCUUUCUGAGUCAUUCUACAGUGUAUUAGUUUUGUUAAAAAACUGCCACAACCAAAGUAACCCAAAUAAAAUAGAAAUGAUAUGUCUUACCUUAAACUUGUGUCCUUAUAAAAAAGCGAAGUUGCGAAACCGAAAACUUGUAUAGUCACGAAUGUGUUUUUUUAAAAUAAAAGUGUCUUAUGGUAAGAAAGGCAACAGAGAGCUUCAUAAAAUGCAUACACUGAUCACAAAAACGCCAUGACCACUCACCUGACUCUGAUUUAAUCCACCUUUGGCACGCAAGACAGUUAAAACCCACCUUGGCAUUAAUUCUAAAAGUCCUUGGUCAAUGCGGUGAGUCAAUUUGAACCUGGGCCGGCUUGCUAGAAUCGGUGUCUUAGCUAAGACUGCGUGAUAGAAAACACUGCCGAAGCUAGCUCACGCGCGGAAUGGCACGUGAAAUUGAGUGUCAGGCGCUCGUACGCCCCUGUCUUGGUAGGUUUUCGGUCACACAAUAUAAGCUAAAACGCUGAUUUUAGCAAAUCGACCCAGACUUGUAAGCACAGGUUUCACAAUUCCCGUAGAUUACGAGGAGAUAAUCUUAGAUCUCAAUUACACUCGUGCCCCAUCACCUCCCAAAUGUUUUCAACAGGACUGCUAUCUGACGAGAUGUGUGAAUAGGGCUGGGACAUCAACUUGAAUUCAUCAUUAUGCUCUCUAAUCUACUGUAGCACAAUUCCGACUAUGUGACAUGGAGCGCUUUCCUAUUGGAAUAUUCUUGUUCUGGUAGGGGGAAAGCCUUAGUGAGGAAAAGCCACGAACGAAUGUAAGUACGUGCACGAAUGAAUACCUUGAGCUUGACAUCACAAUCUGCCCUAUGUCAAAAUCACUUAAAUCAUUAUUAGCCUUUGUGGUAUUCGUACACGUAAUCGACAAAAUGAUCUCACUGUAUCCGUGACUCCCGUUAUCCACCAUCUGCAUCAGAACACGGCAGAUAGUGCUGAUGGUGCGUCAGCUAUAGCGCGCUUAUAUAUUCCCAUAAUGUAAGGUUUUAGGCUAAUCAGGGUAAAGUAUUGUUGUGUUUUUGCUUUAGCUAUUGCGCUGAGAACUCACCUUGGCUUAGUAGCUUGCGCACAUAAACGGAGCAAAACCAUUUUCGCAUUUGGGUUCCCGAAACCCCAGCAUCCGUCCGCGAUGCCAGAACAUGAAAAGAAACCAUUGGCAAAACAAAAACUUUAGAAAAGGACAGAAAAAGAUUUUUGUGGUUUAGUAUGAGUGACGACGUUGCAUUUGGCUGCUGAUAGUGUAACCAAUGCAGUGCGCGGAAGCCUCCUCACUACGGUCCGAAAGCUUCACUCGUCACGCAUACAACGGGAGUUCCUUUCGAGAGAAUAGGCGUGAACGUCACGGGACCGCAUCCAACUAUGCAGCACGAGGAAAGCGGUACAUUUUUAUCAUAAACAAUCGUUUCAUAAACACUUAUAAGGACGUAUGAAUCAUAGUUUUAUUAUAUACUGCAUUAAGGAACCACACUUCUCUUCUCAAUCUCUCUAAAGAAAUAAGAUAUGUUAUGAAGUGAUGCCCCCAUCGACUUUCUGUGCAUGAUUCCGUUGAGACAACCGCGAGUAUAGGUUGCUUUUAGGCAUGCCAAGAUAUUUGAUUUCAAUGUUCUAAUUUCCUGCUUCCAUAGCCACUGCCAGCCUAAGCAACGAAUGUGGGCCACCAGCCAGGGGAAUCCUACUAUCACUCCAUGGCCGCAGAGAUUUUUGUAUUACCAGUAAGAGCAGCGAACCAAAUCAAGGAGCCAAUAAAAAGCGUAAACACCA